AUGCCUCAGCCUGAUGACAGAAAGGUCGUUGAGACCAGCAAGGCUAUUCUCGAAACAAUGCACGAGAUAUUUGGACCACAACCGAGUUUCCGACCUGCCCAUGCCAAAGGCGUUCUCCUUAAUGGAACUUUUACACCAACAGAGGCUGCCAAAUUACUCUCCAAAGCACCACACUUCAACAAUCCCUCAACCGCCAUCCUAGCUCGCUUUUCCAACUCGACCGGUCUUCCUCAACUUCCUGACACAGAUCCCAACGCCAACCCGCGCGGUUUUGCUAUUCGGUUUAAGUUAGCAGAAACACCACGCCGCGUGCACACGGACAUCAUCACGCAUUCAGUUGACGGAUUUCCAGGAGCUGACGGACAGGAAGCCCUUGAAUUCUUCAGUGCUAUAAAGGAAAACAAGGUUCCCGAGCACCUAGCUUCACAUCCCAAUGCACUCGCAUUUGUAACACUACCCAAACCGACCCCUACUAGUUUUGGCAAAGAGAAGUACUUUGGCGUCAACGCCUUCAAGUUUGUCUCCUCGGAGGGCAAGGAAACAUUUGUUCGUUACCGUUUCCUGCCCCUUGCUGGCGAGGAGUACCUUGGCGACGCGGCACUCAAGGACAAGACUCCCAAUUUCCUCUUCGACGAAGUUCCAGAAGUGCUCAAGAAGGGACCGAUUGAGUUUACGUUGGCGGCUCAAAUUGCCGAAGAAGGCGACAUCACUGAGGACAACACUGCCAAGUGGCCGGCAGAGCGUGCGGUGGUUGAGCUGGGAAAUAUCAAGCUGAAUAGUAUUGCGGAGGGUCAGGUCGCUCAGCAGAAGCAAAUCAUCUUCGAUCCCAUCCCCCGUGUUGAGGGCAUUGAGGCUUCGGACGAUCCGCUCUUGCAGGUUAGAGCUAGCGUCUAUUUGCUCAGUGGCAAGGAGAGGCGUGCUGCCUAG